AUGAUCGCCCUGGAGGAGAAGCAGCUGCAGGGCUACAACCAGAAAUUGCUCUCCUUUGAGAAGAUGGAGCACAAGUCUGAGGAGGUGCUGAAGCUGAACCCCAGAGGACAGCUUCCCACUUUCAAACAUGGGGACAACGUUGUGAAUGAAUCAUAUGCAGCUUGCUUGUACCUUGAGGAUCAAUUCAAGUCACAGGGAACUAAGCUAACCCCAGACAACCCCGCUGAGCUGGCCCUUAUGUACCAACGCCUGUUUGAGGGACAAGUCCUCAAUGAGAAAAUCAAUGCGGUGAUAUACUAUGAGUACUUUGUUCCGGAGGCAGAAAGGCUUGAUUCUGCACAGAGGAGAAACAAGAAUGACUUGAACACUGAACUGAAGCUGUGGGAGAGUUACCUGGAAAAGGUUGGGGCUGGUUCUUGUUUGGCCGGACAGAACUUCUCUCUGGCUGAUGUGACGGUCUUCCCUGCUGUGGCUAACCUCUUUCGAUUUGGGUUGCCGGCUGACCGUUUCCCCAAAUUGGCACAAUAUCAUGCUCUGCUAAAGGAGCGGCCCAGCAUCAAAGCCUCCUGGCCCCCACACUGGCUGGAGAACCCGAAAGGGCAAGACACUCUCAAAGACGUCUAG